AUGGAUACCUUUCACCGAGACUCAAACCCAAAAGUGGGAAGUAAUGACAUAGUAAUAGGAUUAAAGCAAGAAGCAACAAAACGCAGAAAUAUGUUAAGUAUGUCACGUCCUAUAGAUGUUGCCGCCCAGCCAGGGCAAGGCUUGCUUUCCUCUAGAUUACGCCCUGGAUACCAGAUGAGGCAGCAAUUGCCUGACGAAAAGGGGCUAGGCAAAAUCCGUUGCCACACUAAGCGAGAAGUUCAAUUGUCUCAGACUUCUGCGACUCUUGCUGUUUUCGCGUUAACUCUGUGGCUGGAAGCCUGUGCUGAAAUUCUCAGAGGAUACCCUUGCAUCAGGCGGAAAAAUCAACUCUACUGCCCUUCGCCUGGAAACACCUAUCCAAAUUCGACCGAGAGGGACGAAGACCGGACAGGCAGGGAGAAGAGGAGCAAGAGAGAUCGCAUCGAGAAAUUCAUUGACGAGAACAAAGCUCUAGUGAAACGAAUGGUGGGCGAAUAUUCAUUCGGCAACGAGGAUGACAAUAACACGCCGGCCUUCAGGUUCGACCAGUUCGAGACAUACGAUGGUCAUCCUGUCCAUAGCAGAAAUAAGAGAGCAAGAACGGCAUUUGGAGCAUCAUCAAACAAAAUUGAUGCUUGCGAAUCAGCCGUGGAAAUCGUAACCCCGUACUGGGCGUCUAACAGUGCCGGGAAAAUACGAGCAAUUGUAAACACACAACACUUACAGCAAGCAAUACAGCAAGAAGUUUGCCAAGCCGUCCAAACGAAGAAAUGCAACGGUGAAUGCAACUGCGAGCAGAAAUACAAAUGGCAUCGACUUCUAGCUUAUGACCCAGACGACGAUUGCAAAGGAAUAUUCAUGGAUUGGUUUCUUUUCCCGUCCUGUUGUGUUUGCAGAUGUCUGAGUCCGUUGAAAGCUUAG